UAGACCACAGGGCUCCACCAAUCAUAGGCUACCUUCCAUUUGAGGUCCUGGGGACGUCGGGGUACGACUACUAUCAUGUAGACGACCUGGGGACACUGGCCAAGUGUCACGAACACUUGAUGCAGUAUGGCAAAGGGAAGUCGUGUUACUACAGGUUCCUGACCAAAGGUCAACAGUGGAUCUGGCUCCAGACUCGUCACUACAUCACCUAUCACCAGUGGAACUCCAGGCCUGAGUUCAUCGUCUGCACACACACCGUCGUCAG